UCAAUUGGUCGUCUUUUGCGAGUGGACGUGUGCGGUGUUCGUACUUUUUGUAUUUAUUUUAUUGUAGCGUAAAAACGCUCAGUUUUUGUAAUUUAAAUAAUUAUAAAAUACUGUCGAAAUUUCUACAUGAAAGUGUGUUUCUUCGAAUUAUUUGUUCAGACUUUUUCUAUGUCGUCCUCAUUUGAAAAUUAAUCUCUGUUAGGGACGUUUGUCGGUUGCUCUUGGUAGUGUUUUGCAUCGUAUGUGUGAAUUGUGAUAUCUAUGGCGUCAUUAUCUCUUCCGCGAGUGCUGCAGCUGAAGAAAAACAGCCUGGAUGCUGAGCGGGAACAUUUUGAGAAGUUCCAGCACUAAGAGGCGGGACACAACACCGCACUAACUAAUGCAUGCCGACUACGUACAGCACUAACGAAACGCUAUGAACCCCAACAAUAAACGCUUCUACCAGCAGACACUAGCCAUCCAGAAGGCGAUUAAUUCCGUGGAGACCCCCGUGAAAGAGAAACAUGUCCGGAGCGCGAUCAUUGGCACGUUUCGGGAGCAGAGCGCCGUCACCUAUUGGAUGGUGGCGAUCCGUCUGCCGCUGCAGGAGAACCGCAUCGUGGCAUGGAAGUUCUGUCACGUGACCCACAAACUGUUGCGCGAGGGGCACCCCGCCUGCCUCGAUGACUCACAGAGACAUAUCAGCAUGAUCGAGAAUUUGGCCAGGCUGUGGGUGCACCUCCGAGAAGGCUACGGCAAGCUAGUGAACCUGUACUGUAACCUGCUGGUCUGCAAACUGAAGUUCCACGCGAGAAACCCUCGCUUCCCGGGCAACAUGCAGCUUACCGCCGACGAGCUGGACGCGAUCGCUGAAAACGAUGUCAACAACUAUUUCCAACUUUGCGUAGAGCUGUUCGACUAUAUGGAUGAAAUAUUGACAUUACAAGCCGCAGUAUUCGACAGCCUGGGCAAUGCGCGAGCGAACUCUAUGACGGCCAGUGGGCAGUGCCGGCUGGCCGCACUGAUCCCGUGCGCGCAGGACUCGUCGCACAUCUACGACUGCAACGUGCGGCUGCUGUUCCGGCUGCACGCCGCUCUGCCCGCCGACACGCUGCUGGGACACCGGGAGAGAUUCCGCCAGCAGUUCAAGAAGCUGAGCUCGUUCUACAAGCACGCCAGCAGCCUCCAGUACUACAGGAACCUCCUGACGUUGCCCGUGUUGCCAUCUAACCCUCCGAACUUUUUGCAACAAAGCGAUUUCGGUACUUACGUGGCGCCCGUGGUGUCCAUACCGGAGCCCGCGCCCGACGAAGUGGACGCCGUGGGCUCCCUCAUCGACACCUCCGAUACCAUCAGCCAGGCAACGACCCCCGAUCAGCUGGACACAUUCGAAGCCCGCGCGACGCCGUCGCCGCAACCCGACCCUAUUGUAGAGAGGGACAAGCUUAUUGAACAUCUGCAGAAUGAGCUCAAGAGAAUCAGGUCAGAAAGAACGCAAAUGGUCCAAGAACGUAACACAAUGUUGGGGUCGAUGCGAGAACACUGUACGCAGUUGGAAACGCAACUGCGGAGUGUCAAGACAGAAUUAGAAGAAGAGCGACAGAAAGCUGAAGUUCUAUCCGCGCAAACACCUGAAAUGCAACAGAAAUUGACGGAAACCGAACAAAAGGCCAAAGUGACAGACGAAAAAUUCCAGAAGUUAAAAGGAGCGUACACGCAGUUGAGAGAAGAACACAUCACGUUGAUCAGACAGAAAGCGGAAGUAGACAAAAUGGCUGCCAGUUUACGUGCGGCGACAGCACAGCAUGAGAGUGCUAAACUGGCGCUACAGCAACAGCUCAACGAUAGGCAGAAGGACGUGGAAUUGCUCCAGCAAAGUGCCUCAUCUAGCGAAGAGAUAGAAGCAUACAAAACGGAAAUAUCAAAUCUCCGUUCUGAGAUAGAACAGUCUAGACAUAAAGAAGUAGAAUUAGAAAAUUUAAAAGCUUCGAUAGAGGCGUUAGAGAUAGAACAUAAAACAGCAACCGCUGAACAAAGUGAAAAAUUAAUUUUAGUUACUAACGAAUUGAAAGAAACAAAAGAUAAUUUAGAAGCUAUUACUAAGGAAAAGGAAGAAAGAGAAGGGGAAUUGAUUAAAGUUAAGGAAGAAUUAGUAGGCCUAAGGGAAAAGAGUGGUAAUGAAUAUAAAAAGGUUGUUGAAGAGAAAGAAGCGGUACUGAAGGAAGUUGCGGAUCUGACGCAGCGGUAUCAGCAAGAAAAAGAGGAACAGAUGGCUUGCAUGAACAAAUUGCAUGAAGAGUUAGAGAAUUUGCAACAAAAACUCAUUAGUACUGAUUCCGAUUUUGUAGUAAAAUAUGACAAAGUCAAUGAAGAACUGAAAUCCCAGAAACGUGAAUUCGAGGAUACUCUCGAUACAAAAGAAAACGAAAUAAAAGAAGCAUUACAAAAUCUCGAAAUAUUAGAAAGCGAAUUGGAGAGUAAUAAAGAAUUAUAUGAAAACAGCCUUAAAGAAAAGACUGAAACUAUUACAAAUCUUGAAGAAAAAGUAGCUCAAUUAACAGAUGUUGUUGAGGAUUAUAAAACUAAAUUGGAAGAAACGAUAAAAAAUAACCACACAGCUUAUGACAGUAUUCAAACUAAACUUAAUGAUGAAAUCGUAGAAAAGCAAAAUGAAAUUUCAGAGUUGCGUAAAUUAUUGGAAGAAAAUGAUAGUCGUUUCGUAAAAAUUAAUUCCAAUCUUGAAGAAAAGCAAAGUGAAGUUUUAGAAUUACGUAAAUUGUUGGAGGAGAAUACAGAAUUGGGAAAUGAGCAUAAGUCGAAAAGUGAAUAUUUAUUGAAAACGAUUAGUGAUCUUGAAGGGAAAUUAGCUAGCCAAAGUCAAGAAAUUGAAAAUCUUAUUUCACAAUUGAAAGAAACAACAUCACUUGAGGAAACUCGAAAAUUGGAGUUUGAAAAGGCAGAAAAAGAAUAUAAUUAUGAAAUUACAAUUCUAAAAAAUAAAAUUGAAAAUAUUGUCGAAUGUAAAGACGAACUCAUUAAUAAUCUGAAAGGUAUGAUUGAAACCAAGGAUGAACAAGUAAUAACAUUAAAUGUUGAAGUGAAGAAACUAACUGAAGAUGUAGAAAAACUACAAGACGAAUUGAACGAAACGCAAGCGGAGUUGGAAAUUGGCAAAAAUGAGUUAUUCAGUUUAGAAGAAGAACAUGCCAUGUUUGUCCGACGUAACGAUGAGAACAUAGCUUUGAAAAAUCAAGAACUGAGAAAUCUCGAUGAAGAAGUAAAGAAAUUAUCUCAAGAAAAGUCAGAGUUACUUUUAGCAAAAGACAAAAUUAUCAGCGACUUCGCUUCACAGCAAUCGGUAUACGAAAGUAAAUUAAAGGAAUUUGAAGAAAAACAUGGCCAUUUACUAACCGAGCAAAAUGAUGCACAGCGAGAACAGGACGCGGUUAUAGAUAACUUAAAUAAAGAAAUUGAAGCAUUGAAAGGGGAAUGUCAACAGAUAAAAAUGGACAAAGACGGCGAUAUACAAUCAAUGGAGAAAAAAAUAGAAGCGAGAGAGAGUGAUUUCACUCAGCAAAUCAAUGAAAAGGAUAACAUUAUAAGUAAUCUAAACGAUAAUUUGGUUCAAUUAAAAGCUGAAUUAGAAAGCAUUGUGAAUACGAAGCUGAAAGAGAAGGAAGAUAUUGAAGUCAUGUUAUCUGAGAAAGACAAAAACAGCCAGCUGAUGGAAGCACGACUCGAACACACCGAGAGCAAGCGGAUGAGCAUCGAAUGUGAAUUGCAGGACUUACUACAGCACAAUUCGGUGCUGGAAGCAGAUGUCAGCAUCCUGAAGAAACAGUUGGAAGACGCGCAAAGGCAGCUUGAGUUGCAACGUGCGAAUAUAGUAAAAUGCGCAAGCGCAGCAGCCGUGGAGGUGACGGAUGAAGCGCUGGCGUCGCUGGAGCGCGCCGACGCGCACGAGUCCAACAGCGCGGCGGCCGCCGCGGCGGCGCAGGCGCUCGGCGACCUCGCCACGCUAGCUCAGGUGAAGGGCUCGGAAGAAUCGGUGGCACGCAAUGCGGUCGCGACCGCACACAACGCAGCGCGGCUGUCCGCGUACGUCACCGACGUCUGCAACGUCUCCACCGACAUGGAGCUCUCUGACAAGUUAACCGACGAAUGCCGCACGAUGCUGACAUCGACAAAGCGAUGCCUCGAGUCGCUCACCGGCGGCGUGGUAGAGGCGCCCUCGUGCGAGGCCGCGCGUGAGCUGUUGUCGGCCGUAGCGGCGCUCGCGGCGCGCGCGCACGCGGCCGCGAGCGGCGCCAGGAGCGUCGACGACGAACUCGCCGAUAUGGACCGCGCCAUCGAACAAGCUGCCGAACAGAUCGAGAGUAUGCUAGCAGCGAGUCGCGCGGGCGACUCCGGAGUUAAACUGGAAGUAAACGGCAAAAUCCUAGACGCUUGCACGACUUUAAUGGCGGCCGUCAAAGUGCUGGUGCAGGACUCGAGGAAGCUACAGAGCGAGCUGGGAGAUCCGCACACGAGACAGAAGAUGUACCGUCACAACCCGCAGUGGUCCGAGGGACUCAUAUCCGCCGCGAAAGCUGUGGUUUUUGCUGCUAAGUUGCUCGUAACAUCAGCGGACGAGGCGGUAGGCGCGGCGGGUCGCGUGGAAGGCGUGUCGGCGGCCGCGCACGAAGUCGCGGGCAGCACGGCGCAGCUGGUGGCCGCGUCGCGUGCGCGUGCGCCGCAUGCGUCGCCCGCGCUGGCGCGCCUCACGCAGGCCUCGCGCUCCGUGGCCGCCGCCACCGGCGCCCUCGUGGCGGCCGUCAGGGCGGGCUCCGCGCUGGUACACGACCAGGAGGCGUUGGACACGUCAGCGCUAACGCUGACGGCCACGCGGCGGCUGGAGAUGGAGAGCAAGGUGCGCGCGCUGGAGCUGGAGAGCGCGCUGGACGCGGAGCGCGCGCGGCUGGCGGCGCUGCGCAAGCGCCACUACCACCUCGCGCAGCUGGAGGAGAAUGGUGGCAUCGCAAACGGCAAGGAGUGAAAUAUAUCCAUAAACUAGAAAUUCUGUCGGGUGAAAUGUACCUCGCUGCAGCUUUUGUGAUACCCGCCUUUCAGUCACGAUACAUUCUUAUCUUGCAUUUUUUUUUACAACGAAUUGUUUUUUUUUUUUCGUGAAUAUGAUCUGAAUAAGGCCUUUUAUUAUUAUAGCCUGAAUAAGGAAUAUUCACAAAACAUGCUGUUUGUGAAAAAACAUUUUCUAUUAUUUUAGGUUGCAUUAAGAUAUAAUGUCAUCAUUUUAUUAACGAAAAGUCACCUACGUGAAUACUAAUCUGGUUUUGCAUAUUUAUUUUGCGUGUCGGUAAUUUUUCGUAUUUGAUAGACGUAAAAUUAACAUUUUUUGUGGGACUAACAGAGUAUAGCUUGUUUAAAAAUUUUCGAGCGCCACUUUGCAAUAUACUUACAAAUAACUUAAAUAGAUACUGAAUAAUAAGGACACUUAGCCCGGCCAUAAAAAAUGGAAUAUCGGCGAUCGGGCAAGAUAAAUUUGUAAAUCUGUCGUACGUAAAUGAGGGCUAACACGAUUGAAUUCGCCGCUUGAGGCGCUGGCGUUGAGAAAGCUCCAUGUCCAAUAAAAUUUUGAACGUUUGUGUAUUAACGGCUUAUUUUUAAAUUGUAUGUCAAAUCAACGUGCCCUCUCGAUAAAAGGCGCCAACUAGUGAGUAAAGAGGUAAACGGUAGAGGCCCCUUUGUAAUAUUGUUGCUCAUCACUUCGAACAAGCGACAGUAGGAUUUUUUACAGUCUGUCUAAAAAAGAGUAGGCAACGGAUUUUUAAAUACAUUGGUUGAUAAACACAGUGUUGCCAACCAAGAGGACACAGCGCCCUCAAUUGCUUUUUUUUACUCUAUAAAGACAGAUUGUAACAAUGUGACGUAUGAGAGAAUCCCCGUUCUUCCCGUAGCGUAAUGGUAGCUAAAUAUUCAUGUGUGGAAUGGGGUAAUUGACAGUAUUUGAAAAUCCAUCUUAACUUGUUGAUUACGCUCUCAGAUAGCUUACAAUAUAAUAUUUGCAAUAUUUUACUACGCGCCCGCCGCAUGCAACGGCGCGGCCUUGGGCCGAGCCACUCUUUUUACAUGGAUGCGAAGCAUGGAUGACAUACCAGCUUUGGGUAACCCUUUCUUCACCAAAAUAAUUCAACUCGACAACAAACAUUGUGACUAAAACUACAGCCGCACGACUACCACGCGAGGUGAUUGCACCUCGCGCCACCCUCCAACCUCUAAUGAGAAAAUUCAAAAUAUUAAUUAUUUUGAACGUGUGUUGUAGGCCGCUUAAAAGCUAAUCUUGAAAUUAGUAACCCAGUACUCACAUAGUUCAUAAUGGUACCGAUUUACGUACAUUCAUUUAGGUAGCUUUUAUCGCAACAAGAUUUUCAAUAACUGUUUUAUGUGUAGUCUACGUUUAAAAAAACAUGAACUUCACAACUCUAAUAGUGCUUAUGUGAAAGACUUAGACGAUGAAUACUUACGAAAUAAAUAUUUAAAAUACUCAUAUUUUUAACACUGUCAAAUACCCUAUUUUGGACCUGUGUUGUGAUUCGAAUUAAUUUUGGGCAAUUUUACGUAUAAGGAUAACUAUUUUCUAGUAAUAAUUAUAAGUCAAUUUACUAACGCAAUGUACUAUUUACAAUAUACAAAUAAUAUAAUUACUGUUUUGUACAAUGUGCAAGGUGUAGACAUCGUGCUACAAUAAUAUAUUCAGAGGGCUCUGGAAUAAAAGCAGUUUUGUUACAACUUAUUCAUUGAAGAUAUCUUUUAUAUUGUUGUAUAAGUUACGUCAUGCCAGUUCUAGAUUUCUAAGUAACGUGUUAGAUUAUAUAUUAAAAAAUGUUGUGUAUUGCACAUUUAUUCGAUAGAUACCUACUGAAACCUACCAUUUAUGGAAUUGUAGAAAGGAGUAAUGUUAUUUUUUUUAGGUGUAAAACCGUAAUACUAUUGACACCAAAUCUUGUAUUGCUAUAUCCCCACGACAACGUAGAUGAUAAUAAUAAUCACGAGACUAUAAGCUUUAAGCAAAGACUAAGUAAGGCAAUCGUAAGUAUAUUAACAUAUGUAUAGAUAUAGUAUUUUGUAUGUUUUAAUAUCUUUGUUGAGUGUUUGACAUUCUUUAGAUAUUGGCUAUAACCAAUUACCUAUAUACAAAGAGCAGCGAAUUUUUUUUCUUCGCAUGUUUAUAGUAUUUUACCAGCCAUAUACUUUUUUUAUGUCACGUUCUUGCAUCUGCAAUUUGUCGUUAACAGUAACGUACAUUUCCUAUUUUAUUUGUGGAUUUGUGUAUAAAUCAGAUUUUUUAAUAAAAUAUGUCCACAA